CGCCGGAACACGCGCUUUCCGUUGCUCCCGUCGCGCGCGAAGCGGGGGACAGCAAAAAUGGCGGUGGUUCUCGCGUGGCUCAACGCGAGGGUCGUCGACCCGGUGAUGCAGGUGAUACAGAGGGGCGCGGAGCCGAAGCAGCUCGCCUUCUCCGCCGCGCUCGGCCUCACCAUCGGGAUCUUCCCCAUCUGCGGGACCACUGUUAUUAUCGGUGGAGUUGCUGUAGCGGCGUUGGGGGCUCGCUGCAAUGCCGUUACUCUUAUGGUUCUCAACUUGGCUGCUACUCCUCUCGAGCUAAGCUUGAUCAUUCCUUUCUUACGUUUGGGAGAAGCACUCACGGGCAGUAACCCUUUCCCCUUGACAUCUGAUGCGUUCAAGAUGGUCAUCACUGGCCAUGCCUCAAAAGAUGUGCUACUUAGCAUCGUUCAUGCGAUGCUCGGUUGGCUAGUUGCUGCACCAGUUGUGCUGGCUGUGCUGUACACUGUAUUUGUGCCUUGUUUCAAGUAUCUGGUCGGCAGGUUUGGUGGCAUUCCUUCGAGCCCCAGGACGCCGAUGAAAGUGGUUUUGCUUUGCCCGAAUGAAUCUGAAUCCGAAAACGGACUUGGACCGUUACUCGUCCAUGGCGACUGAUCUUACAGUGCUGUGAUCUGGACACCAUCCGCCAUUCUCAUCAGCAUUUGUGUCCCAUGAGCUUCUGUUGACUCAUAUAGUCCUGCAUUAUGUAAACUGCCGGCCCUGUUGUGUGCUGAUACUAUGAUGCUAACUGUAUUAUGAUGCUUAACUGUUACUCCCAUUAGGGACAGCUUGUGUGCAAGUCGUGGAAUUCUAGGCCUAAGGGCAAUAUGUACAGGUAACACCAGAUAUGUUAAGAAUCCUCUAAUACAAUAUAUACAAUACAACAUGUACAUGUAACAGGUUAUGUAUUAAGAACCUCUGAUACAAUAUAAAUACAACAACAUAUAUUACAGUUGUUGCUUGA